ACGAGGGCACUCAUUCACUCACAGCUGCGCGUGGGACCAGAGCAUAACGUGCGCGCUCGCCUGCAUCAUUUAUUAGCGCAUGCAGCGCUCCAUCUUAUUUCAAUGGGCUGCGGUGGGAGCCGAGCAGAUGCUAUUGAACCGCGGUAUCAUGAGAGCUGGACCAGAGAAACCGAAUCGACGUGGCUUACCAACACUGAUGCUGAAAUCCCCAACGGCGUGACUUCCAAGAACCGCGUCGUGCGUGGAGAAUCUAGCCAUCUUAAUAAAGACAGUGCAAAACUAUCAGGUAGAGGUAUGGAGGCCAAAGACAGAGGCAGACAGAUGGUUAAUGCAGGAACUCAGUGUGGAAAGCAGGUUUUGACACCGACACAAAUCAUCACAAAACAUCCUGCGGUCAUGAGCAGAUAAGUGACUCAAAGCAGACAACGCUCAAGGAGGAAACUGCUCAAUCUGAAGCGGUGUCAUCUAAUGUUGUGUCUCACCCAGGGGAGCCAUGAGGGAAAAAUCAUCUUCGUCUGAUACGCACUGAAACCCGGAGGAGCUCAGCGAUGUGGCUAUAUAGGAACCAUAAGGUGUGAAGAGAAAAAGAGCUUGACAAGAGAUGAUAUCCUGUUAAUGCACACUUAUAGAAAUAUUAUGCUUUGCUGAAGCUUUGUUGCAAAAGAUGCAUCUGAUCAUUAGCAUGGCAAAUAUAGAUUUUAGUCCUCAUAGGAGCUACUGAGCAAAGCUCAGUAAGUUCAUAAUGUUGCAUAUAGGAGUUAUCGUUCACAAUUAAUUAUGGGUCUCAGAAUUUCACUGUGCAAUUUGAAUGCUGAUGACACUUAUUUUAAAAGACAAGACUACUGAAUAUUUUUGUCAUUCCUAGAUACUUGCAAAACGACAACGAUAACAACUAUUUUAAUUGGUUAGUUAAUAUUUGUGUUUUUUGGUCCUUCCAAAUUCUAGUAAAUAUGGAUUUACUGGACAUUAGUAUUUGUUUAUUUUUUAUUUGUUGGUGAUUCAUUUUCGUAGUAAUUUACUUUUUUUAUUUUAGAAAUAAAAUUGCAUUUUUUUUUGCCUUUGAAAUGGAGGGAAACAGCAGACCAGCUUAACCAAGAUGUGUUUUUGUCCCACCUUCCACCUUCCAGUCCAGUAUUAUUUAAGUACCAAUGAGAUAAUAUGUGACCUUGAGCCGCAAAACCAGUCUUAAGUAGCAUGGGUAUAUUUGUAGCAAUAGCCAAAAAUACAUUGCAUGGGUCAAAAUUAUCGAUUUUUCAUUUAUGCCAAAAAUCAUAAAGAUAUUAAAGUAAAGAUCAUGUUCCAUUUCUACCAUAAAUAUAUCAAAACCUAAUUUUGACUAGUAAUAUGCAUUGGUAAGAACUUCAGGUGGACAAUUUUAAAGGCGAUUUUCUCACUAUUUUGGCCAAUCUCAGCAAAAUAUUGUCCUAACAAACCAUACGUCAUUGGAAAGCUUAUUUAUUCAGUUUUCAGAUGAUUUAUAAAUCUCAGUUUCAAAAAAUUUACCCCAUGACUGGUUUUGUGGUCCAGAGUCACAUAUAUUUUUAUUAAUAUUAUUAUUUUUAAAUAUGUCUAACAUAGUUUGUAUUCAUUAUUACUUGAGUUUUAGUUUUAGUAUAUCAAGAUGAAUAAAAAUGAAAUAAGCUGAAAUAAAAUGUAUUAUUUUUUCUAAUUUAUUUUAGUUAAAAUGUAAUUUUUAUUUUUUAUUUUUUUUUUAAUGGUUUUAGUUUUAGUUAACUACAAUAACCAUGCUUUAGUCACAGGCAUUUCAUAAGGGCUGCUAUGUGCUGUAAAAGCACAUGAACCACUAGAUGGAGCAGUUUAUCUUACAUUACUUAGUAACGAACUAUUGUUGUGGAUUGGACACUGUGACGUUAAUAUGAAACAUUUAAUGUACAGAUAAAAGCACAGUUUUUUAAAAAAUGUAUGCAUUGCCUGUGCAUGGUUUUACCAGAGCUUAACGCUGCAUCACAAAUUAUACAUUAAGACAAAGUCUAAAGAAGUAAAUAUCACUGUUUUUUUUUUCUUUUUCUAUUACCCUUACUGAGAAAUGUUUCACUUAUCCCAAAUCUGUAAAUUAAUGUUAAGUACAAAGAGCACUGUUGUUACCUCUAGCCCACUGAUGGGCUGAAAUGUAACAUUGUUUUUGUGCAUGAAUGUUAUUUACAUUCAGGUGUUUACCAUAAUCAUUAUGCCAUCUCUUAUCACCUUCAUUUCAAUUUAAAUAAUUGAGAUUCAAACUGGUAAAUAUGUAGGGAACCUUUUUUACAAUUCAAAUCAGCAAAUAAAAUACCAAAUAUAGAAAUGCAUUAACACUGUUUACUCGAAAACAUAUCUGACACAUUGUGUAGUCACCUCCACACUCUAGGGACAGAGGCUGCAAAUUUGUACAUGCAGAACAUCUACUGCAUGAAAUGUGAUGCUGUUCUGUAUUAUCCAUGUUCAGUAAAAUAAAAAAAAAAGAUAAAUAAAAAAG